GACGUGGGUGCAGCUGGUAGGAGUUGGGUGAGAGUCACUGCUCGGAGUGCUCCUCCUCAUCGGGCUGCUCCUCAACCUUUGCACAGGAGGUUUGAAGGGGAGAGAGGUCUCCCAAGGGUCUGGGGUGGCACUCAGGUGAGGGCCAUUAUGGCCUUCAGCCAGCUGAAGUUCAAGGAGCUGGGUGAGGAGGAGGAGGAGCCCACCUGGGAGGAGGAGAGUAUGGACAGAGUGAAGGCUUUGACGGCCAAGCUGAAGCUGCAGACGCGGAGACCUUCCUACCUGGAGUGGGAAGCUCGGGUGCGGGGCCAGCCCUGGCGCAGCCGCACCGCGGGAGGGGCAGCAGGGGCAGAGCUGGCACCUGAGCACCCCGAGGAUAAGCAGGAUGGGAGGGUCUGUGGUUUUGCCACCAUGGAGGCAGCUCUGGAGUGGCUCAGGAUGGAGCUGCGGGAGAUGCAGGCGGUGGACCAGCGCCUGGCGCAGCAGCUGAUGCGCCUGCGGGCACAGCUGCACCGCCUGAAGGUGGAGCAGGCCUGCCACCAGCACAAGGAGAUGCUGGAUGAUGCUACCUUCGGCCUCGAGGGCUGCGAGGAAGACUCCGACCUGCUCUGCAACAUCCCCCCCAAGGCUGCCUUCCUGCUCUCCAUGCCACUCAAGCACAUCGGUGUCACCCGCAUGAACAUCAACUCCCGGCGCUUCUCCCUCUGCUGAGCCCUGCUGGCAGCCUCCUGGGCACCCAUGGCUACAUCUGGACCUGGCAGGGCUCAAGGAUCCCUCCCAAAAUGCCCUGGGGAACUGCUGAGCUCCUCCAGAACAGGCAGUGCUGAGCCAUGGUGUUGCCAGCCUUGCUCCAGAGCAAUGCCAUGCUGUAGUGGCAUGGGAAAUGCCACCAUCCCCAGCGGGUACAGAGCAUUUGGGGGCACCCAGUGCCCUGUCUCUCAGUACGUUGGGGUCAACCACAGUGGACAAUGUGGGGAGCAGCCUUUGAAGGAGGAAUAAAAGGAGGUGAAGGUGA